UCGUGUUGUUACGUCGUAAUUGAUACAGAUGUGGCCUGUUCUGCUACAUAAACCGUCACUAUCACAGUUGUGUUUGUUUUGUCAUUUUUGUACACCCCGAAGAUACGAAUCAGCUGUUUUUAGCUAACGAUACAGGAACACUAGCUCGGUUCAUUCAUUCAGCGCUAGCUGUGUGGUUUCGGAUCAUGCUCACCUGAGGGUCAGUUUCUACGUUAGCUAAGCUAAAGCUAGCUGUCACUGCUGUGUUUAGUUAAAAAGUCUACAGUGUGACUGUUUGUCCGUGAAAUUAAGCGAUAACUGCCAUUUGUAUUGGCUGCGUUAUCAUCAGCUCUCUUUACAGUGAAGUAAAUUAGUAAGGGUGAUUAAUUUGCUCCUGUUGUCAUGGAUUAUGAGGAAAAAGCAAACUCAGUGGCUGACUGCUUGAUGAGCUACAAGAGGGAUGAGUCCGGCUGGAAAGUCUGCAAGAAAUCGAAUGAUGUGGCCGUGUCUUGGCGUCCUUCGUCUGAGUUCCCUGGGAAUGUUUAUAAGGGUGAUGGGAUCGUCAGUGGCAGCCCAGAGAAAGUGUGGGAGUGCUUGAAACCGAUACCCAACGGGCUCCGAGUCAGCUGGGACAACAAUGUGAAAAUGUUUGAACUGCUGGAACAAAUCACAGAGGACAUCUCAGUCUGCAGAACCGUCACACCGUCAGCAGCGAUGGGUAUCAUUGCCCCACGAGACUUUGUUGAUGUUAUUUUAGUGAAACAAUACGAAGAUGGUACUAUUUCAUCGAACGCCACCAAUGUGAGCCACCUGGGCUGCCCUCCCCAGUCCGGCUAUGUGAGAGGAUUCAACCACCCAUGUGGCUGCAUCUGUGUCCCCAUCUCAGGAGAGCCUAAGAAGACCCAGGUUUUGACUUUCUUCCAGACAGACCUCGGCGGCCUGCUCCCUCGCUCAGUGGUCGACUCGUUCUUCCCGUCCAGCAUGGCUGAUUUCUACAGAAACCUGACCAAGGCUGUGAAGUCCCUCAAAGACCUUUGACACCCAGAGUUAAGAGUUCUGUCUUAAAACCUGAGGCCUAAUGACCCAUCAGGCUCAAUGUUCAUUCCAUUUUAAACAACACAAAGACAAACAGCAAUUAGUACACUGAGAUGAUCAAUUUUCUUUUAGAUUAGUUUAAUCUAAGACUGAUUUUAUAUUUCCAUUUUAAUGCAGGAGGAAAUCUUUGGCAUCCUCCUUCCACCAGCCCUCCUUUGUCAUUCUGGUGUAGAACUAAGCACAGAUUUAGGUGCAGAAAUCCUUUUACAUCAGGGUCUAUGCAUGAUUCAUGCAGCAUAUGUAUUUGGCCAAUCAUGGCAUACGUAAUCAGACUACAAAAGUAAAUUUGAGUUUGUAGUAGAUGCGUUUUUUGUUCUCAAUAAUGUUGGAAAAGAAAAUUCCUCAUGCUGAGUGGCGAACUGGACUUGGGUAGAUUCUAAUGAAACUGAUCCAGGUGUAGAUGGUGUCAGAUGAGAGCAGUGAAGAAGAAGAGGGGAGUAAAGGGCGUAAAUGGGACCAAACCAACCUCACCAAUAACAGGGUAGAUGUUAAGAUCAGCUACAGAGUGCUGUUGUCUUAACACCACUGUGAUCAACGUUACUGUAACGUCUGGUGUCAUCAGAAUUAUUUCUUACUGAUGACUCUGGAUUAUAGAGUUACUGUAAAAGGUUUAAACCAUCCUUCUGUGUGAUGAUUUCCAGUAGGUCUAACUUGAAAAGUUAGGAUUGAUGGGGCGUUCCCUGGCAACUCAAGACGGUAGUUGAGCUUUCAGCCUCUAGUAGUGGUGGGCAGUACAGCAAAAUUUAACAGUGAUCUGUUAGUAAAUAGAGGGCCCAUAUUGCUUAUACCGAUAACAUCCAAGGGGGUGAAAACUUUUUAUAUCCUCUGUAAGUCAUGACCUGUGCAAAAGCCAGGAGUCCAGAAAAGAAACUAAGGCAGCUUUCUCAGAAAAAAAGAAACCCAGCAAUUACUCUUCACUACAGUCUUCAAAUCUGAGGGAGGGAAAUGCUUCCAGGAUGCUCCAGCACUUGUUAAAAUUUGUAAAUCACAUCUGGGCAGACCAUUUGUCGAGCUUUUUUAGAACCCCAGCCAUUUCUGUGGGCAGGCCUGAUGUGAUGUUUUCUCCUGUCACCCUGCUCCUAUUUUCCUCUCUGCCACUCACGUUGAGAUUAGCAAGGAACAAGAUAAGAAGGAGAUGACAACGCAUCAGGAGUGUCUAAAAGGAAGAUUUCCUUGAUUUUCUUUCCCUUUUCUCACUCCUCGAGCAUCUUAACUCGCUUUUUUAACUAAGUGGAGAUAGUUGUGCAUUGAUUAGGGCACAAAACUAUUCAACUCACAGCUGUCAAAGGCACAUUAGUAAAAAGCACCACAUUACAGUUUGUACCAGGGGUUUUGAUCUUUUUUACUAGGGUAGCCUGGAAUUCACAGGGCAGAGAAUUAAAGAUUUGAUGGAUGAUGUGUGGACAGCCAGCAUGCAAUGUGAUGCAAUCACUGAUGCUCUUUCACUGCCUCUUACAAAGGUCAAAGAAAAGGGGAUAUGAGAAAACUUGGGGGUUCAUUUUUGGACUUUCUGAGCUGACCCUUGAUGCAGGAUUUCCUCCACUCACAUCCAGACUGAUAAAUGCAGAGCUUUGUGUUGAAAUGCCUGCACACCCAGUUUACUGUCGUACGUAUGUUUGUUAUAAAAAGGGUCAGUAAAAGGUUUUCUUCUUAAAACCAGCAUCCUACACAUCCCCGUCUGUGGGAGGAGCUAUUUCUUAACAUAUGAAAAGAACAAAUGGAUGUAAAUCUGUGUUUUUGAAGUACAGAACAUCUGUACUUUUUAGCUGGAUGAUCAGACACCAGACCUUUAUUCCUCUCAUCACUGUACAUCAGUGUGGACAGAAAACAUGCAUGUUGCAUGGACCUUAUGUAACCUAUAGUGCUGUCAGAUCAUUGGUUCAUAAAAGGGACCAAUACCUCAUGUCAUACCUCAUAUUUAGAUUUAUUUGUGUUGUAAUGAGCAGAGCUUAUUGAACAUAUGAGUGAUUCUUACCUAGCAUUUUAAGACUGCUGUAAUCAGCUUUAUUUACAUCAUGUUUUGGUUUUUCAAAGUAAAGUUUGUUUUUUAGGUUUGAUAGACAGAGGAACACGUGUCUUUCUCUCUUGCACACUAAAAUCAAACGUAUGCACAGGAGGAAUAUAAAUCUACCUCUUAUUUACAAUCUACACUAAAUAAAUGCUAGUGACACUGUAAUACUGGAUAUUCACAUUUAUAUCUGACUAGAGUAUUUACAUGGAAGGAUGUUUUCACAUUAGGGACAGUUUCAUGUUAUGCCUGAGCACAAUGAACCUUGGACGCCUGAUAAGCUGUUUCACAUCUCCAUAUCAUGGGAUAUAUUUCACAUCUAUCUUGGUAACACCACAAAGACAGUAGCUGCGUUUCCAUUACAGGUUUUUGCAAAAUAAAACCAAUAUUUUUAAAAUUUCAACUAAGUACAAUUGUGCAUUGAAUGUGUUUCCAUUGAAGGGAGUUUUGGGCAUGAGCCUUGUAAUUCUCAUAAAAUCUCAUCUUGUGAGAUGAGAAGCUGGAUGUUCAAAACCUGUUGCGUGUUGUUACGGUUAUUAUUACAUCUACAGCAGUUGCCUUGACAACUCUGAACAAAAAACGAAGGCAACAGAUGAUAGUUCAGAGGCAAAGUCCGUAUGUAUGGCAAAAGCCACAUAUAGGGGUGUAGGUAUGAUGUUAAGAUAAGUCUUGGUCUCCUCUUCUGUCCACACGUACCGCGCCAUGUUGUCGAAGAGUGAACUGGUCAUGUGGCAUCAUACGUUACAUCCUGGGACUGGGAAGUGUUUUCAUUGCACUUUUGCGGUAUAUUUCUUUAUCAAAACGUCUGAAAAACAUCCUCAAAAAGGUGUUACUAGUUACUAGUUUUUUAUUGCACUAUUUAGUUUUUGUGCAUUUCUAAGGGUCAUGGAAACGCAGCUAGUGUUGGAAGAUAAGAACCUUCCAAGUAGGUUUUUUCCUCUGAGUGGUCCGGUUCAGUUUGGUAUGCUUUCAUUUGCAUUUCCAUUAUGAAAAGUUGGAAAAGGUCCUAAAUAACUGACCUGCAGUGUCCUACUUUUUGGGCACCCUUUUUGUAGGGGUACCAAGGAUUGUUCACAAUCAGUGGAGCCAGUUGGUAAAUUAAACUUUAAUCAGGAGACGAGCACCAACAUCUUUUCCUCUAAAAAAGAGAUUCCAGUGCGGUUCUUUGCUCUCCUAAAGAAAUGCUGUUCACAUUGAGACCAACUGCGCGUGUGCUCACACUGAUCAAAUCCAGACUUUGGAGUCAAGUGCACUUGGGUCUUGGUCCCAGGUCCCUAAUGUGAAACCACCUGCAGCUGCCUGAACCUUAUUAAGUAUAAAGACAAUAAGAGUUUUCUUAAUUAUUACCACUGUACUUGUUUAAAUACUAAUGUACUCUGCAUUUAACUACAGUAACUGAUUUAAGAUUUUCCAACAUAUUUUUUUUCAGGUUGAAGUUUAAUUUCGACCAUUCCUCAAGAAAACGUAUAAACUGAAACCAGUUAAAAUAACUUGAUUAAACAUUUGGCUUUAGCAUCAUUCUGUCUUAUUUAGUAAAUCUUUGAAAGAACUCUGUGAACAUGGGAAGGUUUGAUGUUUAUCAGCUGUUGGUGUCUUUAGAGCUGUGAUAAGCCAUAUUAGAUAACACUUAAUUAUGAGCUCUUUAAUAGCGGAUUAAGAUUUCUUUUAAAAUGUUCACUUCUUGUUCACUGUGUAUUCUGUAAC